AGAAAAGUUGAUCAACAAUAUCAUAACAAUUAUAUAAUGGUUUUUUCUUUCUUUGCUGCUGCUGUGAUGAUUCUCUGCUUCUUCUCAUCUUCAGCACUUCCAGAUGGCUCCAUGUAUGAUUAUACUGCAUAUACUCAGUGUAAACUGGAACCGGAGGACCCACUAUACAAUGGAGGGAUGCUCCAAAAUGAAGUCACGACGAUGGAAUCCAUUGUCGACAAUAAUGGAAGUACGACUUCAUGGCCUGCUUUUGUGUUGCCCAAUCUCACUUCGUGCACGUUCUACACUUUCUCUAGUUGGGUCAAAAUCUAUGGUUCAAGUUCAUCCUUGAUUAGUGCUAGGCUAAUGUCGGGACAUUCACCACACUAUUGCGUUGGAACAGUUGUGGCUCGUCACGAUUGUUGGUCAUUCAUUAAAGGUGGAUUCUACAUGAGUUCAGAAUCAAAUCCAUCAUUACUCUAUUUUCAGAAUUCUGAUGACAAGGAAAUUACCAUCACCAUUUCAAGUGCAUCCUUACAACCAUUUACAAAAGAGCAAUGGUCAUUACAACAACAAUACAAGAUCAACACAGAACGAAAACGUGCUGUCACUAUACACGUGUCGGAUAAACAAGGUGUUAGGUUAGAAGGGGCAACGGUUCGUGUGGAGCAAGUUUCAAAAGAUUUCCCAUUUGGAUCCGCUAUCAACAAUUAUAUUAUUGGAAACUUACCUUAUCAGAAAUGGUUUGUGGAGCGGUUCAAUGCAGCUGUAUUUGAAAACGAGCUCAAGUGGGCUGCAACCGAGCCUAAGCAAGGGGCGUUCAACUACACUUUAGCUGAUAAAUUGCUAGAUUUUGUUCGAGCUAACCAAAUUGUCGCUAGAGGUCAUAAUAUAUUCUGGGAAGACCCAAAGUAUAUCCCAUCAUGGGUACUUAACCUUACUAGUUCUGAGCUAGAGUUAGCUGUUAAACGGAGAAUCACAAGCCUAAUGACCAAGUACAAAGAUGAAUUUGUCCAUUGGGAUGUUAGCAACGAGUUUCUUCACUUUAAUUUCUAUGAGGAGAAGUUAGGGGAAAAUGCAACUUAUGAAUUCUUUAAAGCUGCACAUGAGGCUGACCCUUUAGCGACGCUUUUCAUGAACGAUUUUAAUGUUGUGGAGAGCUGUAAAGAUGUGAAGUCUACUGUGGACACUUAUAUUUCAAAACUGAGGGAUUUAAGGAGAUAUGGAGUGUGGAUGGAUGGCAUUGGAUUAGAGAGUCACUUUGAAGUGCCGAAUCUUCCACUAAUGCGAGCAAUCCUUGACAAAUUUGCAACUUUGCAGCUUCCAAUUUGGCUUACUGAGGUCGACAUCUCAAGUAAUUUUGACCAGGAUCAACAGGCAACUUAUUUGGAAGAUGUUUUAAGAGAAGGCUUCUCACAUCCUUCGGUAAAUGGAAUAAUGUUGUGGUCUGCCUUGAAACAGAACGGAAAGUGUUAUCAAAUGUGCCUGACGGAUACUAAUUUCAAAAAUCUUCCAGCUGGUGAUACAGUUGACAAGCUUUUAAAAGAAUGGCAAACUGGAGUUGUAGAAAGCAAAACCGACAAACAUGGUGCUUUUAGCUUUUAUGGGUUCUUAGGCGAGUACACGGUUAUGGCUAGUUUUGGGGGAAAAACCACGAACUCCACGUUUUCGGUUAGUAGAAGUGAUGAAACAAGACAUUUUAGCAUUCAGAUUUGAAUUACUUGCACACUUUUGUGUUAGUAUGUUUGCUUUAUGCAUGUAUUUAUGGUACUAUUCUUUAGUGUGUGUGAAUUUUUAUCAAAACUUUCAUCAAAUGUGCAUGAUGACAUACAAAAUACCAUGUAAAUUGUAAUGGUACCAACUGUAUAUUACCUAACUGAUAUGAAGGAUCUGACCAUUGUUCUUC